AUGGGCGCGGAGGGCCCUGCAGCUCAGGGCACUGCUGAAGCUUCGGUGAAGCCAGGAGGGAUCAAAUGGUUGCGUUUCUUUUCCAGGAUGCGUAAGAGUAGCUCCAGCCACGAAAUGCCCAUGCCUCCAUCAGACUGGUCGUCUAUCGAAGCACAGCCCCAGAUCUCACUGGAGCAGAGUAUGGCUAUCGACCAUGGCUAUGCUGCGAUGCCGCAGUUGGCUUUGCCCGCACCCGGUCCAGAAGCCCAGCUUCGCCGUACUGUGGCGGAGACGCUGGCGACCAGCUACGAAUCGCCCAGCGGGAAGCAGAUGCCGGCAGAGCUGUUGGAUGAAGCGCUGCCCGAGACCAUGGGAGACCUAGCAGGCCUGCUUCCACCUUUGCCACGGGGACACAGCAGACUGCCAUCCUCACGCUCCGGCGCAGAAGAACCUGCGCAAGAGCAAGAGGCCGACACCGAGGCUGUGGUUCCUCCAGCCGUGCGGCCCAGCACCUUCCGACGGAGUGCUGGACACAGCGUGUCAUCAUCAAGGCCGACCACUGCGGGUGAAGAGUCCGCCGGCACCUCGCGGCAAUCCGCCAAGUCCUCCUGGCGUGAAGAGUGGACGCCAGGGAAGGCGCCGGAGCUUGUGGGCCAAGCGCCGGAUCAGCCAGCGCCGCCGCCAGCGCCUUGUGAGGCCACAACGGUGCCGGACCCCAACUUUGCCUUAGCCUUGAAACGAGCCAGCGAAAGUGCCAAUGCAAAGUCGGCCACGGUGCCGGCCCUGGGCCAUCGGCGCUGGAGCAAAGGCUCCAGUAGUGAGGAGCUGCCUGCAAGUGAUGCAGCUGCUUCCGCCAGCGCAGUGCUUCCCGCGCAACGUGAAGGUUCCAAAGAGGCGGGUCUUCAACGUGGUUUUUCUGACCUGGCUUUGUCCUUCGCCAGUCUCGAUGAAACUCUGUAG